AUGAUGACCUUGGAGUCGUCUGAAGAGGGAGCUGAAGCCAUCGCCGAAGGAUGCUUGGGCAGCGGCAACGGAAGAGCCGCAGAAGAGCUGCUUGACGCCGAUGAGGGCGGGGGAGAACGUUGGCAAGGAGGGAACAAUGGAGGAGCCUGCUGCGGGAGCCGAGUAGGGUCGGAGGAGGCCCGGCCGGACGACGGGAGCGUCUCCCCCCACCACGCUGUCGACUGUCGAGCUCAGUCGGAGCGUGUCCAAGCGGCGGGCAACCUCGUCCAGUCGUCCGAUAUCUGCGGGCUCCAAUUAGCGCCCUCUGUGGCUUGGGUCUACGCACCCCAUCGACAAGGGCUGCUGGGAGGGGGUGCUCGAGAAGAGUCGGGUGGCCAGGGCUUCAACUAUCGAUCCUUGUCUACUCGUAGCCUUCGUCGCUUCUUCGGCUAA